UCUAUUUAAAAAAAAAAAAAUCAUAAUGUACAAUUCAUAAGUGUUGAAAGCCGAGUGAAUAGUUUUAUUUGUACAACAAAAUUGGUUCUUUUGAUUCCCAUUGUGCGCCUCACAGUUUAACAGACGUCUAUGGCUGGAUAUUACAAGGGCUUCUUGUUAUUUUUGCAAUUAUAUGUCUUGUUUUGAAAAGGCAGUGCGAGCCGAUGCAUAAAAGGAGACCUUUGCUUAUUUGGUGGCUUGACAUAUCGAAACAAGGGAUAGGCGCAUUCAUAGCACAUACGUCGAAUAUAACGCUAUCUGAAUUUUUCCUGGGAGAUCCUUGCACGUGGUAUGUCGCCAACGUUCUCUUGGACACUUCGAUCGGCUUGCUGAUCAUCUACUUAGGUAUAAGGACGUGUCAUUAUGUGUUCAAAAGGAAAGGAUACGCCGUGCUCAGGAUGGGAGACUACGGUACGCCUCCUUCUUUCUCGGUCUGGGCGGUCCAAUGUGCAGUCUACGCGUUCAUAGUGUUCGUCCAAAAGGCUUUUGUCGUGUUCGUUAUGGACGUCUUCUGGGAUAGGAUCAAAGACGUCGUCUACCCAGUUGUAAAUGAAAAAGUACAAAAAACACUGGUGUUGCUUGUGAUACCGCUUAUAUUGAACAUCGUCAUGUUCUGGAUCACAGACGACAUACUUAUAAUACCCAAAGAUCCAGAGAUCGUCGAAUAUAUCGGUUUGGAUCAAGUUGAAGCGGAUGCGGACUGUGUAUGCCGAGAUAAUUAAACACUAAACACCGAAUGGAAAAAGUGAUCGAUCGUCUUUUACCAAGUCUAAUCAAUAAAACGAUAACUUUAAUUCAAGCAUGUGUUU